GGAGGAGGAGGAGGAGGCUGAUGAUGAAGCUGUGGAAACGGGCUUCCGGUGCUCUCAAAGACCGGAAAAGCUUGUUUUCCAUCGGCUUCUCCCGGAAAACCUCCUUCCGCAACCCUGACCUUGAUUCCGCUAUCAUCCACGCUACCUCUCACGACGACUCAUCUGUUGAUUACCGCAAUGCUCACCGUGUCUACAAAUGGAUCCGCUCCUCUCCCGCCAAUAUCAAGCCGCUUGUUCAUGCCCUUUCCUCUAGGGUUAACCGCACAAGAAGCUGGAUCGUUGCCUUGAAAGCCCUUAUGCUUGUCCACGGUGUGCUUUGCUGCAAAGUCUCGUCCAUUCAAGAGAUUCGUCGCCUCCCUUUCGACCUCUCGGAUUUCUCGGAUGGCCAUUCCCGUCCCAGCAAGACUUGGGGUUUCAAUGCUUUUAUUCGUGCCUACUUCUCGUUUCUUGACCAAUACUCUUUCUUUAUGUCCGAGCAAAUGCGUCGCCGCCACAAGAAACCUCAGGUUGAUUCGGUUAGCCAAGAGCUCGAAAGGAUCCAGAAACUCCAGUCUCUUCUCCAUAUGCUGCUCCAAAUCCGUCCAAUGGCUGAUAACAUGAAGAGGACGCUAAUCCUUGAAGCCAUGGACUGCGUGGUGAUUGAGAUCUUCGACAUUUAUGGAAGAAUCUGCAGCGCUAUCGCCAAACUUCUCAUAAAGAUUCAUCCAGCUGCUGGAAAAGCAGAAGCUGUGAUGGCUCUUAAAAUUGUAAAGAAGGCUACAUCUCAAGGAGAAGACCUCGCGCUAUACUUUGAGUUCUGCAAGGAAUUCGGGGUCUCAAAUGCGCACGAAAUCCCUAAAUUCGUUAGCAUCCCAGAAGAAGACAUUAAAGCAAUCGAGAAAGUUAUCAAUGGAGUCGAAGAAGAGGAAGAGGAGACAAAGAAGGAGGAGAUGGAAGUAGAGGAAGAGAAAGGUAUCAUAUUAGUUGAGAGACCAGAGUUGCGAACAAUCAUAACCGAUAAAUGGGAAGUUUUUGAAGACGACUUGUGUUUCACAAGUAAGGAGAUUACAGAAAAUGAUCAGCAUAGAAAGUAUAACGUGGAUCCGAGUCCGCUGCCUCUUAUAGUUAUCGACGAGCCAGUUUACUUCACUCACACGUUACCAGAUUUGAUUACCUUCUAAUUGCAAUUUUUAUCAGAUUCAUUAUUAUUUUUUUCGGUUUUCCUUUUGUGCUUUUUCUGCUAUUUUGUUGAAUAUGUGGAUGAUAAUAAACGUUAGACAAACAUUAAGUUUU